AUGUUCGAGCGCCUGGGGCGGCCGGUGGAGCAAAUCCUCCUGCCGAGCGCGUCCCACAACGCCGCCAGCUCGGAGGCCUCGCCUCUCGAGGAGGAGGGCGAAUGCGACCAAACCGGGAUGGGGGAGUGGCAUUUUUACUGGAUGACGGUCGCCCGGGUCUGCGUGAUCUUCGCCACGGUCGAAUUCCGCCUGCAGGAUAACCAGAUCAUCAACCACUUUCCCAAUCACUACGAGUUGACGCGGAAGGACUUGAUGUACAAAAACAUCAAGCGCUACCUCCGCGAGCACUCCGUGGACGGCCAGCUCGAUCCGAAGUUGAUUUUAUCCACCCCGCUGGAUUGGGCGGCCGCGGUGUCUUUUUCGCAGAGCUCCGGCAGCAGUCAUGGGGGGACCCUCGCGCGGUACGCCUUCAGCGAAGGGGUCCCCAUCACCUACAACAUCCCCAAUGAUAUGAGCAUGUUCAUCGAGGAGUUCAAGCGCUGUGAGGGCUCGACGUGGAUUGUGAAGCCGACCGCCCGCUCGCAGGGAAAGGGGAUUUUCCUCAUCAACCGCAUCCAGCAGCUCCUGCAGUGGAUGAAAAGGCGGCAGACGGAUGCACUCACGGCGGGCUCCACCAACGGCAAAGGGGGGCAUUACUUUAAUGGGAGUAAUGGCGGAGGAGGAGGGGGGGCGAACACUCCGAAGCCGAAUUCAACCCCCGCGUCGACCCUGCGGGAUUCCGGAAAGGGGGCCAACGGCAGGGCAGGGAAUCAUCGCGAGAGUAAAACCGACGCCGCGGCGGUGGCGAUGACGCUGUCGAGCGCCUCCCAGACGACCUUUGGGGGGUCCUUUAUCAUCAGCCGGUACGUCGCGAAUCCACUGCUGAUUGGCGGCAAGAAAUUCGAUCUCCGGCUCUACGCCCUCGUGGUGUCUUUUAAGCCGCUGGUGGCGUAUUUUCACCGCGCCGGCUUUGCGCGGUUCUGCGCGACGAAGUACGUCGGGGAUCAGACAUCCGGGCAGCACCUCGGCUCGCACCUCACAAACGUCGCCUUGCAAAAAGGCGACAAACACUACAACACCACCCAUGGUGGUAAGUGGUCCUUCAAGAACUUUCUUCUCUAUGUUGAGGGUCUUCACGGGCCCUACAUCGCCUCGACCCUCCGCCUUCGCAUUGAAUUUCUCAUCUUUCACUCGCUUCAGGCGGUCAGCAUGGUGAUGCUGAACGAUAAGCACUGUUUUGAGCUCUAUGGCUAUGAUAUUCUGAUCGACGAGAAUCUCAUGCCGCAUUUGAUCGAGGUGAACGCCUCUCCCUCGCUUUCCACCACCACGUUGGCUGAUCGUCUUUUAAAGGAAGAGGUACUAACCGACAUGCUAAAGAUUGUCCUGCCUCCCGAUUUCCCAAGCCCGUCGGCGAUGUCCUACUCCGAAUACCGCCUCCGCACCGAUUUGACUUCUCAGCUCUCAACGGAUUUCAAACUACUUAAUUUCUAA